AUGGCUAUCGAGUCGCUCGUUCCCUUGGUAAAUGACCAACCAAACCGCGGACUUCUCGAGUCCCUUGGUACGAAUUCAGCGCUUCUUAUGCGCCUCCAACAGGAUUUCAGGGAUGCAUUCAGCGAAAGGCCCAUUCGUAUUAUCUCUUUCUACGAAACGGAGAAGUCCCCUACCGCAGUGAAGAGAAAUGGCCGGUGGGAACUUUCCGGACCUUCGCAAAUCUUGGUUGACGUCUCCUCCGCGACAUGCGGCAGUAAAAACCAACACCCAAUCGGCCGCAGUCACUCCGAGAUGGUGAAAUAUAGCGACCAAUAUGAUGCGCUCUAUAUACGUGUUAAGACAGCUCUACGACCGCUAUUGUGGAGAGUAUCAGGCGUGCAUGAUGCUGUGAGUGCAGAAGCUGGAAAUAACUUAAACACCUGUGGGUGGCUCCUCGAUGAUCUGCAGUACAAAGAUUGGAUGAACAAACCAUGCGGUCUUUUCUGGAUCCAAGGCAAUCCUGGCGCCGGCAAAUCCGUUCUCAUGAAGUUUGCUGCUAAAGCAAUGGCCCACAGAAAAUCUGGAGAGCUUGUGGUGUCUUACUUCCUACACGGUCGAGGAACGCCUUUGCAGAAGACGCCGCUAGGUGUUUUCCGCGCACUGUUAAACGGCAUGCUCGAAUCAUUCCCUGUCUACCUUUCUGAGCUCACUAUCCAGUUUGAAGAUCGUGAAAAACGAUUUGGUUCGUAUGAGGCAGGUAGAUGGACCUGGAAGGAAAAUGAGCUUCAAGAAUUUCUAUUCCGAGUCCUCACAAAAGGGACGAAGGCCCAUCCAGUUGUCAUUUUCGUCGACGCGCUUGACGAGUCUGGCAAAGAUGCUGCGAGAGGCUUGCUGGCGUACUUCAGAGACAUAAUGAAAGAUAUCGAGCACGAGGAAGGACAGGUAAAGAUAUGCUUUUCUUCUAGACACCAUCCAAUCAUUGGCCUCGACAUGUGCCCAACUAUUUCUGUGGAAGAGCGAAAUGAUCCAGACAUCCGAUUGGUCGUUCGAGAUAGGCUUGAAAAGAUCCAACCUGAAUCAAAGCGGCAGCGAAUUGAAAAGGAGAUCCUGUUGAAAGCUCAAGGUGGAUUCCAAUGGGCGGCUUUGGUUUGCAAUAUGGUGAUUGAAGAGAACGACAAUGGCACCAAGGCGGAGAAGCUGCAGGAAAAGCUCCUCACUAUACCUGAAGCUCUUGAUGAACUAUACUCCGACAUUCUGGGUGGUGUUACGGAAGCCGAAAGGCAUCAGACUGUCAAGUUGUUCCAGUGGGUCCUAUUCACAGCGCGGCCAUUGUCUGCGGAAGAGCUUCGGGAUGCACUUUCUAUUGAGAAGGACAUGCAGCGCAACACCAAAAUUCGAAAACACGCAAGUUGGUCUGAUACUCUUCCUGAGUUUGAGAGACACGUUAAACACCUUUCGAGAGGACUGGUCGAAUUUCAAACCCGCAACUUUUGGGAACUUGGGCGUCGGACGAGAAUCUUGAGAUAUGGUCCAUAUGAAGCUGAGUCGUAUCAAGUGGAAGAAGCCUACCGGGAAGCUCAAUUCAUCCACCAAUCAGUUGCCGACUAUUUGCUCAUGACUUUCCUCAGCCAUGUUGAACACGACCGGAAUGUCUCCCAAUCUCCAGUCGCAGCUGGUCAUUUUCAAAUAUCGAGGUCCUGCCUCAGGUAUUUGACAUUAGAGGAAGUGCUAGAAGAAGCUGAGCGGAGGCCCGGAAAACUCCGGAUAAGGUUCCAACUGGUCCCAUACGCUGUGCGGUUCCUGUUGCAACAUAUUCGAAAGGUGGAAGAACAGGGAAUCGCUCAAUCUGAUCUCCUCUCUCUCGUUCAAUUAGAUCGACAAUCAAACAUGCAGAGAAUCGCCAGUGUAUGGAGGGUGGCGGAUCCUGAUGGCAUUUACGCGCCUAGAGGCUGGCCCUUUGUUGAAGCAACGGCGCUGCAUGUUCUGGUCGCAUUGGACUCAAAGAGCGCUUUUGACGAGUUCUUGCAGAAAGAUAAUGUACAAGUUGACGGUAGAGACGCUGAAGGAAAUACGCCAUUACAUCUCGCAAUCGAAGAGGGUCAGCAGGAUAUGGCACUUGCGCUGCUGAAUCGGUCGAUCGAGUGGCAGCUUCGGCAAGAUGAAGGCAUUGAUCAGAGCAUCAAUGCUACCAGAGACAGGGACCAGGAAAGGAUUUACCAUGUGGAUGUUAACGCUGAGAAUAAUGAUGGUGAAACGCCACUGACUGUUGCCCUAACACACAAUACCAGAGAGGUGAUCCACACAUUGCUUGAGGCAGGGGCUGAUCCUAAAUAUCUUGGACAAGACAGUGCUCCCAUUUUCUACGCCAUUCGUAAUCGGGACGCGCCUCUACUCAGGAAGCUUAUUGAGAAAAAGGUGAAACUGGAUGGGGCCGUCCAUUUCGCACUGAAAGAGAUUAAGGACAACGACAAUCUUCUUAAGCGAUUCAUCUUGGAACUUCUACAAGCUGGAGCCAACACAAUGAGGUUACUGGAAUUCGACAAGGACAAUGGAACCUACUCUGAAGAUGAACGUGAUGAUGAGUAUGAAUAUGAUGACGAGGAUGAUGACUACGAAUAUGAUGACGAGGAUGAUGAGUAUGAACGUGAUGACGAGGCUAUUCUCUUAGCUUCACGAAGUGGGCAAAUAGCUAUUGUCAAUCUUCUUCUUUUGUAUGGCGCUUCAGCAACCUGUCAGAAUCGAUACGGGGAGUUUCCAUUACUUGUUGCCGCGAAAAAGGGCCAUAGGGAAAUCGUUGAAAUCUUGCUCCGGGCAGAGCCUGCCGCAGUUGAGAUGAAAGGAAAUCGUGGUCAGCGAGCUCUAGUCACGGCAAUAUAUGAGGAUGAAAUUGAGAUCGCCAUGCUCCUUAUUCGAAAAGGGUCUUUUCAACCAUCAAGUGCAGCGCUGGCGAAAGGCCUUUCUAGGGCCAUUGAGAAGGGCAUGCCGGAUUUGGUGGAUAUUAUCCUACGGAAAGACGAGACCCUGCUAGACAUGCAGUUUGGCUCAAACCUGACACCACUUUCCUCUUCCUUUGCAGCAGAAAAUGGACCUGAAGAUGUUGACAAGCUACUCCUUAGGGCAGGCGUCGACCCAGAGUCAAAGGAUAGCCUGAGUCAGUUCCCACUUUUUCGAACAGCGGAGAAAGGGCUUGAAUUAUUGGUUACGCUACUCAUUGAAGCAGGAGCCAAGCUAGAAGCUAAGGGUAGCUGGUCUGAGACACCACUGUCCUUGGCAGCAAGUAAGGGGCAUGAAGCACUGGUCAAGCUACUCCUUGAGGCAGGUGCCAACCCAGACUUAAUGGAUGGCUCUGGUGGGAGACCACUGUCCGUGGCAGCAGCGAGUGGGCAUGAAGCAGUGGUUAAGCUACUCCUUGACGCAGGUGCCAACCCAGAGUUAAUGGAUGGCUAUGGUGCGAGACCACUGUCAUGGGCAGUAGCAAAUUGGCAUGCAACAGUAGUUCAGCUACUCAUUGAUGCAGGUGCUAACCCAGACUUAUUGCUGUUAUGGGCAGCAGCAUGUGGGCAUGAAGCAGUGGUUAAGCUACUCCUUGACGCAGGUGCCAACCCAGACUUAAUGGAUGGCUCUGGUGGGAGACCACUGUCAUGGGCAGUGAGGAAUGGGCAUGAAGCAGUGGCUAAACUACUCCUUAAGGCAGGAGCCAACCCAGUGUUAAUAGAUAACUCUGGCAGGACACUCACUGUCAUGAGCAGUGAGAUAUAG